ACUCGUGAUCUGGCUCUGCUCAGUCCAUUUCUCUUUGAACAUCAAUCGGCAUCACAUCAAAGUAAUUUUUCCAUUCUGGUGUAAAGUGUAAAUAAAGUGUUGAAAUUAUCAGUGAACUUAACCUCCAACAAGACGAACGUUACCUAGUGUAAAAAAAAUAAUCUAAUAAAUAAAAAUAAAACCAAUAGUUUUAUUUAUAAGUGAUCAGCAAUUAGUGAAUAAUUAUUUUAUUCAAAGUUAUACAAAUUAUUGUUUAUAAUAAAGAAGAUAUUAUAUAAAUAAAAUGUCAGGACAUGCAUCACAUCGUGAUAGAUCACGCAGAAAGGAUUCACGGUCGGAUGAUUACGAUGUAAAUCGUCGUGAGCGUAAUAAUAAAGACAGAUAUAACAAUAAAAAUAAUCGAUAUGAUGACAAUACCAGUAGGAAUAAUAAUUACGACAGAUCUCCACCUGCAAGAAGACCAAGAGACCGCAGCCGUUCACGACAUCGUGAUGACAACAGAAAAACAUCACGAUUUGAUAACAGGAGGAAUGAUAGACCACGUGGUGACAGAAAUUAUGAUAAGUUUUCUUAUAAUGAUGACGGUGACGCUGGAGAUGGUCAUGCUAGAGUUAAAAGAGAACCAUCUCCAAACUGGGGACGGUCUCAAGGAUCAGGAGAUGAAGACAAACCCAAACCAGUGGACAAGGAAAAACCCAACUUUGAAUUGUCAGGAAAAUUAACAGAAGACGCGAAUACUGUGAAUGGUAUCGUCAUAAAAUAUGCAGAACCAGACGACGCACGUAAACCUAAACGUGGUUGGAGAUUGUAUCCAUUUAAGGGCGAAAAAUCUCUGCCACUUCUCUAUGUGCAUCGUCAGUCUGCUUAUCUACUGGGCAGAGAUCGUAAAGUUGCUGAUAUUCCACUAGACCAUCCAUCGUGUUCAAAGCAGCAUGCUGCUCUUCAGUACCGUUUGGUUUCUUACACUCGUGAGGAUGGAACCACUGGUAAACGGAUCAGACCUUAUCUGAUUGAUCUAGAGUCAGCUAAUGGUACUUUUGUUAAUGAUGUCAAACUGGAGCCUAGAAGAUUCCAUGAGCUACUGGAGAAGGAUGUCAUCAAGUUUGGAUUCAGUUCAAGGGAAUAUGUUCUGUUGCAUGAACGCAGCAAAAAUGAUGAGCUAGAUGAUGAUGUCGCCGUUCCCAGUGAUGCUUAGAUUACCGGACACAUUGAUCGUUAUUGUGUAUCACAUGCAUUUUUACCUAAGCCACUUGAAUCUGUAUAUUAAAGUACCUGGUAACGAUCAAAUUUAAUUAAUAUUAAUUAUGAUCAUAAAUAAUUAUUAAAAUUGCUUCGUAAUUUUCAGAAUAAAUUUAAUUAGCGGGAUCAGAUUAUUUAUAAUUGGAAUUUCAAUUAAAAAGAUACGAUUAUAUAAGUGAACUAAGACUUUAUUUUAAAUAUUUAUUUGAAUAUAUGAUUAUUAAUAAUAAUAUUAAUAUUUGUCAUGCUUUAGUUGUUGACUUUUACAACGCUAGUAAAUUUAAUUUAAUUUUUUAAAUUUAAUUUUGUGGUAAUUAGAAAUCAAGACAUUUCAUUGAAAGUUAUUAAAUAAUUUUUAUUUUUAUAAUCGAGUCUCGAUUAAUGAGUUAUUAAGUUACGUUUUUAAUUUGGAAUUAAAAUUUAAACAAGACCAUAUAGCCGCCACUUUUAUAUACAUUAAUAAAUAUUAAUUAAUUAUUGUUAAUUAAAAAUUGUCUAGUUUAAUAUAAAUGGAUUUGGUCUAAUUUUUUGUGGUACCAGCAUCGAAACUUGAAGUUUCAGUGUCUACAGCCAGUGAAAAGAAGCGAAUUAAUUUUAGCAACAAUCAACUCGUUUCUGAUUGGCUGCUGACACAAACUUUGUUCCAAUGCGGUCAUGAAAAAAAUUGUGUGACUCAGGAUGAAACACGAGUUCAGACCGUGGGUCAGCCUUCACCCUGGUCUGAAAUCGGUUUGUUUCAUCCCUUGUCACACAGUAUACUAUUAAUUAAUCGCGUUAAUCAUAGUUGUUAAAAAAUAUGUACAAUAACUGUAUAUAAUUAUAAUUAUAUUAAUUAAUAAUAAUGAAAUUAAAAGAA